ACCUAGUUUCCCCGACAACACACAGCCUCUCUUUUUCCUUGAUUUGGUUUUGGUAGCUCAGUGGUUCAUGUUCAUUACUGGGGUUCAGUGAGAGGUCAAAUUGCUGACUGCUGAGUUCGAAAUUUAUUCACACGAGUGAGUGAGUGGUGCAAAUUGUUGGGGGUUCAUUACAGGAGUGAGUGAGUGAGUGAGUGCUGGGCUGACGAGGUUCGGGUUCAGUUGUGUGGUGGUAUGGUGUUGGUUUCACACGAGAUUGCAAAUCCCAUCAUUUUAAUAAUUUCAAUACAUUUACCAAUUCCUUCACUCGGAGACUAUAUAUUGUCUAUUUCUCUAAUCUCUCAACAAUAAUGUUUGGUAUUUCCUACGGAGAGCUCUUCCUUUUGGUCGGUGCCACUGCUGCUCUCGUCGGCACAAAGGAUCUCCCUGUUAUUGCAAGAACUGCAGGGAGGUUAGCGGGUCGAGCAAUCGGCUAUGUUCAACUAGCUCGUGGCCAAUUCGAUAAUGUUAUGCACAAGUCUCAAGCUAGCCAGGUUCACAAAGAACUUCAAGAAACAAUGGCACAACUAGAGGCUAUUCGUUAUGAAAUUCGAAGUGUCUCUCUCAUUAAUCCUAGCCCUUUGACACGAAGAAUGAUGGACAAUCCUGAGGGUCCUGCUCCUGAAAGAAAUUCUGCAGACAAUUGUUCGUCUGAGAAGUUUGAAAAAGAGCAGAAGCCAACAAAUAAUGUGAUGAAGGAUUAUAGUUUUAAAACUUCAGGUUCGGUUAAUUUGCAAAGCCAAGCAACUGCUUAUGCUAGAUUGGCUGAAUCUGAAGCCAUAAGGACUGGUUCUUUGAAGAGUAAUGCAGAGAUAGAAAACCUUAAUGAUGAAGCUGGUCUCUUCACUAUCCUCCCAGUUUCAGCUGAAAGCACUGGGAUGCUACCAAAUCGCAAGGAAAGUGUGAAAGGAUCAGACAUUGUGUUGGAAGCAAUAGUUGAAGCAGAAGUAGCACAUAAUGCCAAAGAUUUCUUUUCACAGCCCCAGAAUCAAAUACAAUGAGUAGACAGUUUUGCUAGCUGCCGCUUGCUGUAAUGGUAAAGUUGCUCUUACAUUAUAUGAAACCGGUAUACCACACCUUAUGCAAGUCAGUUCCUUUGAAUUCUUAAUCUAAAACAUGCUUGCCAGUUUUUUUUGGUACAAUCUUUUGGUGGUAAUGCAGCAAAGUUGCUUGGGGGCUUGACUAUCAAGCUUUAUUAAUUGGAAAUUUUAUUCAAAUGCUUAGAUCUAAUGAGAGCUCGGGCUCAAAUGGCACUUCUCUCAUAAGAAUGACAGGGUGAGGUUAUGGACUCAAGCCCGUUGUGUAACUAACCAAUAAAAAAAAUGCUUAGAUUCAAGAAUUGAAAAUGUCAGAAUGGACUAGUCUUAAAAUUAUUGUUCAA